CAGAUUCUUACUGAAUUUUUUUUUUUUUUAAAAAAAAAGUGGCAAUUAGUACAUUGCAUUUUUAGUAUCUGUUCUGUGAAAGGGGGAUCUCACAACCUGGGCCUUGAACUCUCAACCUCACUGGGGGGAUGAUUUCCACCAAGUCAAGUGGCAACCCACUUGAUCCGGUGCGCAGAGAUCCAUUUUUGCUGAUUUUAUUGUCAAAUUCUUCCUAUCUUUUUCUAAUUCAAGUUUCUUUCCUUUUCAAUUCCGUUCUCUAACACAAAAAACGACAUGACUAAUCCAAAAAGACCAAGACACACCCUUUAAAUCAAGCAUCUUAUUCACAAUCCAAGGCCAUUUCAGUCAAAUGACACUUCCCCAUAAAUGUCAACCGAUAUUCAUUCUCAGCCUACUUUACUAAGUUGUCCAAAUAAGGAUAAAUAUGCGUACGCAUCUUUCAUCACAGAUUUUUUUUCCAUUUGUAUACGUUGCAAUUCACUGUGUUCUCACCAAAAUCCCAUCACCGUUUACCCUUUUUAUCUUCUGUUUUGCAAAUAAAAGCAAAUGUCACGCAUUGCAAUUUGCAACAGAUUCAUAAUGGAGGGCUGCAGGUUCAAAAUCUUGUCUCUAUUCUCAUUUCUGCUCCUGUUUCCUUGUGUUUAUGGUUGGAGCAAGGAUGGUCAUCUCAUAACCUGUAGAAUUGCUCAGUCUCGGUUGAGCCAAACAGCAGCUGAUGCUGUGCAGCAGCUGUUGCCAGAGUCAGCAGGUAAUGACUUGGGGAGUGAGUGUUCAUGGGCAGACAAUGUCAGGUUUCGCUAUCGCUGGUCGGCUCCCCUUCAUUUCAUCAAUACCCCUGAGUUAUGCUCCUAUCAGUACAGCAGGGAUUGCAAGGAUCUAGAUGGAGAAAAGGGGAGGUGUGUGGCUGCAGCCAUUAAGAAUUAUACCACCCAGCUUUUAAGCUACAAUACUGCUGCUUCUGCAACUGAAUAUAACCUGACUGAAGCUCUUCUAUUCCUUUCUCAUUUUAUGGGGGACAUCCAUCAGCCUCUGCAUGUGGGUUUUGCUUCAGACAAAGGCGGGAAUACAAUUGAUGUCCAUUGGUACACAAGGAAACAAGUUCUUCACCAUGUUUGGGACUACAAUAUAAUUGAGACAGCAGAAGAAAGGUUCUAUGAUUCGAAUGUGGAUGAACUGAUUGAUGCAAUUCAACAAAACAUCACGGUAUGUUGCUGAAAUAGAUUUAGUCUUACCGUUUUCUUUUCCUCUGUCCAUUCUAAUGAUUAGUGCUUGUCUUCAUUGAUGCUGAAAAAACAGUCUGAGUGGGCAGAUCAGGUAAAAAUUUGGGAAACUUGCAGCCAGAACCAGACAGCAUGUCCAGACAAGUAUGUUUCUUUGAAGGAAGCAUGACUAGUUGCACUUAAUUUCAUUUUUUUUUUUCUUUUUCUGAAUCAAAAGCUCCAUUUUAAUUCCCUUGGUGGUAUGAUGGGCAGAUAUGCUUCUGAAGGUAUCAAAGCAGCAUGUGACUGGGCAUAUAAAGGCGUUGAUGAGGGAUCAACCCUUGAAGAUGAUUAUUUCCUCUCUCGUUUACCAAUAGUUAGCUGGCGGUUAGCUCAAGGAGGAGUCAGAUUGGCAGCCACUUUAAACCGUAUUUUUGGAUGAGAAAGUACAUUAUAGGACUAUCAAGAUGUACAAGUUA